AUGGAUACUCAAAAUGACCUACAAUUGUUAUCUGUCAAAUUAUAUCAUUACCUUUCCGAUGUUGUUGUUGGAUCGGAAAAAGUAGUGAAAUAUAGAAGAUACUUUUAUAAAUGCUUUGACGACACCUUGAUCUUGGAAGACCACAGAAUAAUCAGUAGCGGUAGUAAAGCAGAGGGUCUUGAUCUUCAAGGUAGUGACCUAGAUUUGAUGUUUCGAUCUCAUGGUUAUAUGGUUGAUGAAAAGCUUGGAAAUACAAAAGGAAAUCAUUUAAUUCUAGACACAGAUAAUGCUUUGCCUGGGUUUGCCUUAAUCAAAGUUUCUGAGGAGAGUGACUUUAAAGACGAGAUUGAUGUCUCACAUACAGUUGAUGGACUACUCUUAAAAAACAAUAUUUUAGAACAAUUGUGUGCUGAAGCUCUGAAUGAAGCUCCUUCAUUGUAUAUAUUUGCUAAAGCACUGAAAAUGGACGUUCAAACACUAUUUAAGGUGCAGGGUCCAUCAACGUCUACUGCACUCGAAGGAGUGCCGGAGGUAGAUUUUGUCCAUUGCCUCCCUUGUCGUGAAUGGCCUUCCAUUGCAAAACGUUGGUUACACAGAAGUAGAUGCUUCAAAUGGCCCUCGUCCGAUUUGAUAACAGAGGCAGUACAUGAAGGAGUGUUAUUAGUACCCAUAGGAAGUAAGUCUCCUUCUUCUGAAGAAAACAACUCUGAAUGGAGGUUUUCAUUUUCUCUGACUGAAAAACUGUUAGUGCACUCAUUCAACCACAGUCAGCUAUUGUGCUAUGCCUUGCUGAAGAUUUUUCUUAAAGAGAUCAUUGACAAAGUAAAUAUUUUUAACAAACUUUUAUGUUCAUAUUACAUGAAAACAGUUCUGUUCUGGGUGUUAGAAGAAGACAACCAGUUAUAUUGGGUACCAGCAAACCUGUUGCGUUGCUUUUCCUUAUGCUUACAGCGUCUGCAUUAUUUCAUUUUAUGUAAUUAUAUUCCAAAUUAUUUCAUUCCAGAACAUAAUAUGAUUGAAGGAAGAUGUUCAGAAAAAGUUGGAAAGCAACUUGGAAUAUUUAUAGAAAAACUUUUACUAGGAAAUAUAUGGGAAGAACUGUUGUCAGUAGAUUUACUGUCAGAUUUACGACGUACUACGUGUUAUAUUUCAAAACCAUUAACUGUCAUUUCAGAAUUCGAUAAAACUUUGAUUUCACUGAAUAUCCCAGACUGUACACGAUGGAUUGAUGAUAUAUCAUUCAGAUCAUUGAGUUUCUUUGUUUAUAGGAUUCAAAAUGAGAACUGUCCAACCUUUGUCAAAAACAUCUACUCAAUUGCAUUACUUGACCUAUGUAAACGUAAAGCGACUUCUAUUAAAAUGCGGUUAGUUGAUUCACAGCACAGCAGUAAUAAGCAGUAUUACUCUCGAUAUAAACAAUGUUUAUUCCAUCUACUGUUGAAUUUAAACAACGACGCCGUGUCAGGUUGGUUACUACUUGCAGCAUUUUUCUACACUUGUCAUGACUUCCGAAAGAUGAAUGCUAUACAUCAACUUUCAGAGGAGAUUUUAUCUCGUGAUUUAUAUACAGUGUCUGAUUUUAUGGACUUAUCUGCGAUCAAGCAAGCUACAUUUGAAAAACCUUUAGUUCCAAGUAAGCAAUUCCUCAAAAGGUUAAGACAUUCAUUGAUCAGAUGUUUUCUGGUUCAAAGGAAUGAAGAAAAUGCCGAAAGUUUCAUUUUUCACAAAGACUUGUCCGUUUACGGAGAGGAUUUUUCUAUAGGAACUCCAAUUGUAUUUAUGCGCUAUCUUACAUUCUUACAUUUUUACAAACAACACAAUACUGAAGGAAUGAAACGUGCAAUACAAUUGUUACAGGAAGCUGUUGAAACAUCUCCGAGGUUUGAUGGUUUUUCCGUUGGCAUUAACUUUACGUUUUUGUUAAAUGCACAAUUAAUAGUUGGUGUUGAUGGAAUUGAAACAUACAAAAGAAUGCUUUCCGCUUUGGAACCUUUUGAUGUUACCGGGAUAUUAUCAUGUAUUCAGAAAGACUUUGAAAACAAGUGUAAGUUUUAUUUAAAUGAAUAG